CGUCGGCCACGUUGCAUAUCCCGGAUACCCUCUCCAAAACCUCUCCUCCUCCACGGAGGCAGCAGCAGCAGCCAGCAAGCCCCCUCCUCCUCCGCUCUUCCCUGGGUAGGUAGUCCCCGCCUCUUCCCCUUCCUUCCACCUCCCUCGCAAUUCCGCAACCGGCGGCACACCGCCGCCGCUUCAGGGGGCAAUGGAGUUCACGGGCGCGACUGUCUCGGCGCCGUUCGGCUGCCGAGCGUUGCGCGGCGGCGGGCAGCGGCCGCUGCGGGCGGCCGGCCUGGCCGCCGAUGGCAGGAGGAGGCGGGCAGCGGGGUCGAAGCCCGGGGCGCAGCAGUGGAGGAACAACAGGAAGGUGAGGUGCGUGGCGACGGAGAAGCACAAGGACAACAAGGCGGCGGCGGCGGGGCUGGGGGUGGAGUUCGCCGACGAGGAGGACUACGUCAAGGGCGGCGGCGGCGAGCUGCUCUACGUGCAAAUGCAGGCCACCAAAGCCAUGGAAAGCCAGUCUAAGAUCGCCUCGAAGCUGUCCCCCAUAGCUGAUGAAACUUCAGUGCUUGAUUUGGUUGUCAUUGGCUGUGGUCCGGCUGGCCUAUCUCUGGCUGCAGAAUCAGCAAAGAAAGGACUCACUGUCGGUCUCAUUGGCCCUGAUCUUCCGUUCACAAACAACUACGGUGUGUGGGAGGACGAAUUUAAAGAUCUUGGUCUGGAGAGCUGUAUCGAGCAUGUCUGGAAGGACACUAUUGUUUACCUAGACCAUAAUGAGCCAAUAAUGAUUGGCCGAGCGUAUGGCCGGGUGCACCGAGACUUGCUACACGAGGAGUUGCUGAGAAGAUGUAAUGAAGCUGGUGUUACAUACCUUAACUCAAAGGUGGACAAGAUAAUAGAAUCUCCAGAUGGACAUCGAGUAGUAUAUUGUGAAAGGGGCCACAAGAUACUUUGCAGGCUUGCCAUUGUUGCAUCUGGAGCAGCAUCUGGUAAGCUUCUAGAGUAUGAGGUUGGAGGUCCACGUGUUUGCGUGCAGACUGCAUAUGGUGUAGAAGUCGAGGUUGAACAAUUCCCGUAUGAUCCCAGCUUAAUGGUUUUCAUGGACUACAGAGAUUGUUUCAAAGAGAAUUUCUCACACCCUGAGGAAGCAAAUCCGACUUUUCUCUAUGCCAUGCCCAUGUCAUCCACACGAGUUUUCUUCGAGGAAACAUGCUUAGCUUCAAAAGAGGCAGUGCCCUUUGAACUUCUUAAGAAAAGGAUGAUGUUUCGGUUGGAUGCAAUGGGAGUUCGUAUCCUAAAAGUAUAUGAGGAGGAAUGGUCCUAUAUUCCUGUUGGAGGGUCCUUACCUAACACCGACCAGAAAAAUCUUGCAUUCGGUGCAGCUGCGAGUAUGGUGCAUCCUGCAACUGGGUACUCGGUGGUCAGAUCUUUGUCUGAAGCUCCAAGAUAUGCUUCUGUGAUAUCGGAUAUCUUACGGAAUCGUGUCUAUUCUGGACAAUAUUUGCCUGGAAGUUCUCAAGACUCCAGUCCAUCAAUGCUUGCAUGGAGAACACUAUGGCCUCCAGAACGGAAACGUCAACGCUCAUUCUUUCUCUUUGGGUUAGCUUUGAUUAUACAACUGGAUAAUGAAGGCAUCCAAACAUUCUUUGAAACCUUUUUCCGUUUACCCAAAUGGAUGUGGCGAGGAUUCCUUGGUUCAACUCUUUCUUCAGUGGAUCUCAUGCUCUUUGCGCUCUACAUGUUUGCAAUUGCGCCAAAUACUUUGCGGAUGAACCUCGUUAGACACCUGCUCUCUGAUCCAACAGGCUCGGCAAUGAUCAAGACCUACCUGGCCUUGUGAAACCAUUUCAAGGGUCCACAGGAAUUCUAGAAAGUGUACAGUUUUGUAGUUGUACAUAACAUAGUUAGAGGAGUCAGGUGUCACUAAGCAUGUUAUAGCAGCAAUUCUCCUUUGUUGACAAUGUCCAUCGGGCAGAUCAAUCUCGCACAAAGGGGAACACAUAUGAUGCGUGUCAAAAAACAACUAGUGGAGUAAAGUGUGGAUCAUGGAUCAUGCACAGUUGAACUGGCCAUUUUUAGGCCAUGUUUCUCGCCUCCAAUUUUA